AUGGUGCAGAUAGGACAGAUAGCUAUGCAUAUGUCUUAUCUUUGGAGUUGGAUGGGACUGCUAGCCCAGAAAACAAACUACUUCUGGCUUGAUGCCCAAAUUAAGGCCGAGUCGAGAGAAAUAGCAACGGCACUGGGCCAGUCCUUCACGUAUGUGAUAGAGGACCACAAAACAAGCCUGCCAGAGAUGUUCCUGCAGCUGAUAGAACCAUGCCUCAAGGGGAGCACGCCCGUCUACUCUCUAAAUAUGCAUAAAAACCGCCUUAUAAUGAAAGACCUGGCAAGUACUCAACCAAUACUGCCACCAAGUUUAGACAGACUGGAAGCCAUCUACAAUGGCACAUUCCACAUUAACCAAAUAGUAUUCACCUCGGCCGAUGAAUACAUGCUAAAACUAAUGGGAAAGGUCAGGUCUUCUGGGCCCGAAACCGCCAUGAUUAUUGAGAGCGCUAAGUUUAAUUGCCAACUAGCUCCGCCAAGCUUAGAACGGCCUGAAUUACCUCAGUUGAACAGCAAUAUAUCCACCCUAGUGCUAACCCGUUUAGAAAUUACAGGGGCUGCUCCACCCGAUCUUGAGCAAUUUCUGAAUUAUAUUGCUUUAGAAACCCCAAUCCAGUCUCUAUACGUCACCCAUGUUGUAAAUCAAGCACUAUCCCUCUCCUGCUUUGAACACGUCAAUUGGGCAUCCACCUCGCUUUUAUCUCUUCAUUCCCUUUCACUUGACUCUUUGAAUCUGGCCAGCUUGCAGAGUCUUUUAAACCGCACCGCGGUGUCUCUAAAGCAGAUCACAGUGGAGGAGAUUACUGGGGGCCAGUCCAUGGCCAGUGACCAGCCGACUCCCUGUACUAUGCUCGCUAUUGAUCUGCAGCUCUUUCUUCGGUGCAGCCAGGUAGGAUUAGUUGGCUUGAUUAGGAUUGACCGCCUACUUGUUCGAGUUAUUAUCGGGUUAGAACCGCCCAAGGAGAUUAGCAAGCCCGCUAUCCCCAUUUGGAUUCAUUGCAAUACACUUUCUAUCGAAAUACAACGAACUGCCCCCUGUUUCUUGGCCGGCAUAGCCAGUAUCGACAACAUGCCAGACAUCUUCUUUCAGCACGGUGUUGAAUUCCACACCCAUGUCCUUACCUAUAUCCAGCCUAGUGCAUCGAACUGGGAGGAUGAUGAUUGUGCUUCCCAUAUCAAAUCUUCUGCUCGGACACUAAACGAAUGGCGACCACUAGAACACGGGAACCAUGUAUUGCGCAAAUACCCAAAGGGAUCCCAGACCAUCUUCUAUAUUACACGCGCUACUAUCGCACUUCAUAUGCCUAUGGCGAUGAAUGCGAUCGAGUAUUUUAUCAAUUUAUCGGCCAACUCUAUCUGUUCCUCUUUGCAUUACCACAUGCUCACCAUCCAACACGAUGAUUGUAAAGACUUAAGCGAGUUUGACCUAUUUCAAAGAACACUGUUCGUUGUCGGUUCUAUUUCGGGAUACCAACUAGAGAUUUGUAAUAUCACAUACUGUGGCACAGCCGAGGUGGCACGCCAUCUAUAUAUAUCCCGAUUGUCCUGUCGGGUCUUCUACCAAAUAACGGUUAACACUUUGGUCCUAAACAACCUGUCUUCUCUAGCCAUCAGCUUUCUGUACGAAAUUUACCAAAUAAACUGCCGGCGCAUCAAACUUCGGAAAAUCUCCCCUGAUGAUGUAAAUUGCUUGCUAAGCUAUAUAAAUCAGCAAUUAGCCCGCCACGGCGCCAUCCCCGUCAUCGAAAUAGAGGAAUAUCCGUGGCUGGGCGAGGCACCUGCUCAUGCCUUAGAGCCCUUUAUGGCCCAUAGCCUACGAUAUGGUGAAGUUCGAGCUAUUCUAAACCAAGACAUGCUGCUCAUGGCCCGGCCUCCGCCCAUCCUAGCCCAAAUGAAAGAGUUAGGGAUUACUAUUGUCUGCCAGAUGAACUGGGGUUGCUGGACAGAAUGGAUGUUGCGGUAUGACAUCUGGCUUGAUAGCCCGUUUUCUUCCCAAAUAGACGAGCUUUCUAUCACUAACGUGCUCUUCCAACGGUUGAGAAGUAUUGUGACAGAAAAGAGAAGACGACAAUAUACCGCCUCUCCCUAUUCAUGCUUUAAGGUCGGGCGCCUAAGCCUAGUUUGUGAAACCAACACUCCCGGUAUUCUGUUGGCUGAUGCCCAUAUCAAAAUCGCUCUACAGUGGAUGCAACUGUACUUCCCGCAAGUAAGACACCUUAUUAUUUAUAGGCCGUUGAUCACGGAGGACUUCAAAAACAACAUACAGCAUGUUCUUUUCCAAAUCAACUCCCAAUCGCUUUCCCUGCAAGCCCUGGACUUGAACUUCGCCUCUAUGCCCCACGAUUGUCUGGAGGAGUGUGAUAUUGCUCUUAAUAUUGCUUUUGUUCGCAAAAUAACCGCGCCAUCGAUCUAUAAUGCCCAUUUGCAAGAUCUGCCCCCCGCCAGAAUGUUUGUUAUUAAUCGGCAUGUUUUUAACCAGCUAAAGACUGCUACUCACCACCAAAGCAUGUCUGUGUUCAAUAAUAAGACUAACUCGACUGGCGCAUACCCAGUACCUCCCUUCACGUUCUUUAAUCUACCCGCGCUAGAGAUGUUUGUGCAGAGACGCAAUGAUGACGGCAUCAAAUGCAAUCAGCAAGAUUGUCCAAACGAAGAAGCCCUUCUUUCAGACUGUUUGGAGUGCGAGAAAGAGCAAAAACCGUGCCAUCCCACUCAUCAGAUAGUUUAUAUCUUAUCUUGUGGCCACUUCAUCUGCACCAUGUGUUUCGACGCUGUGCAAUCUCCCCAAGACAUAGUAACUCCCACCGAGUCCGAAAAUAUGCCCCGCGACGGUUUAGAUGAUAUUUCACCACCUGAACUCUCUACUCCAUCUACUGCAUCUACAUCAUCUAACUCAACCAACCCAAUACAACCCUGUGGCAUUUGCCGAAACUUCAAGGAAAUUAGCCUUGCUGACUGUAUCUUUAUUGUUAAGACCAGUCCCACGGACCAACCACUCACACUCGAGUCAUUCUCCCUCUGCACUGUCCAGCAUGGCCUAAUUACCACCUGUAGUCCACUUGUUGCCCAAUUUAAAGCCAUCCUUAAAUCCCUAUCCCACAGUUACUGA